UGUGCUUUAAUUUUGUGUUAAUAUAUUCAUAUGUUUAUAAAAAAAAUAGGAGUUUUUAAUAGCUGCUGUUAUUGAUCAUUAAGCGAGAGAACACAGUGACUUUGUACUUAUUUCUAUCACUAAAAGUGCUCUCGUUUAGAUACAUCAAUUAUGAUUUAAAGUUGGUAAGUGAUUGCGUCAUAAGAUUGAAUAUUCAGUUAUAAAUGAAUAUGUGCUAUGUACACUCAAUCAAUCUUAAUUAAAUCGUCAGAAGCAGAUCUUAUUAACCUUGAUUUAAUAUCUAUAAUAUUUUCUGAUUCUAUAUCAUCAGUGCUGUUUAUUAGGACUAGUAACAAUGUGUCGCUGAAUAAAAUAUUGGGAUUUUUGCGUCAAGAUGUCUCAGUUGAUUGAAGAUGUAUUUUAAAUAAAUUCCAAUAACUCUGGAAUUAACCAAUUCAUAUGAUGUGUCGUCAUGUUGGAAAUGAAAGACUGAAGAUUUUUGCAUCAGUACCUAUUUUUUUUAAUGAAUAUAUCUGAUAAUUUUUCGUUAUCUGUCGUGUUUUCCUUUAGAAUGGAUUUUUUGUGGUGACAGGACAAUAUCAAGCAAUGAUGCCCUUUACAACCGCAAUGACUUGUAUCCCCUCCAAAGGUCAUUUAGCAACAUGGAGAGUUACAGAGGGAAAAUGUAAAAUCAUCUACCAUGACAGUGAAGAGAGUCUUAGGCGAGGAGGUAUAUCAUAUGAUAAGCAAGAUGAAACGGCUAUAUAUGUGAGAAUGCUUGGUGAUGUUCGGAUGAAAUCAAAGCCAGACAAGAGUAAUGAGGGAAAGCGGAAAGCAUCAAUCUCAGAAUCAGACAUGAAACUUUUAGAUAAAUUGUCUUCUAGAGAUAAUAAAAGACAGUGGCCAUCACGUUUCCUUAGUCUUCACAAACGACGGCAGCGACGACGGCCUGUGGCAAGUCUGUCUCAUCAACAUGUCUCAUUAUUAGAUACCCAAUAUCAACGACAGGCUGAGUGUCUCCUUUCCAAUGUGGGCAAUUGGAAUUUUGACAUUUUCAGCCUGGAUCUUUUAACCUGUGGUAGACCAUUACUUCACAUCGCCCUUAAUAUUUUCCGACAAUAUGAUCUCAUAAAUACAUUCAGCUUAGACAUCAUGAAAGUGUUUCAGGUUUUCUCAUUAAUAGAAGAUGGUUACCAUAGUACGAAUCCAUACCAUAAUGCUGUUCAUGCUGCAGACGUCACACAAGCUAUGCAUUGUUAUCUUCAGGAGAAAAUGCUACAGGGUUCCAUUCCAAAAUUUGAAAUCAUGACUUCAUUAGUAGCUGCCAUGAGCCAUGACCUUGAUCAUCCAGGGGUCAACCAAACUUUCAUGAUUGCUACAGCCAAUCAUUUAGCUGCCCUUUACAAGAAUACCUCAGUUCUAGAAAAUCAUCAUUGGAGAUCUUGUAUAGCCCUCCUUCAACAAUCCGGUGUUUUUAACCAUUUUGAUAAAAAGACAUGGGAGCAAGUAGAAUGGCAACUCAGAUCAUUAAUACUAGCUACUGAUAUUACUAGACAACAAGAAUUUCUCUCUAGGUUUAAGAAAUAUUUGGAUGAUCCUAACUUUGAUUUUAGAAAUAAUUUUGAACAAAGACAUUUUAUGUUACAAAUUGCAUUAAAAUGUGCAGAUAUAUGUAAUCCAUGUCGAGACUGGCCAGUUAGUAAGCUUUGGAGUGAACGUGUCUGUGAUGAAUUCUUUAGACAAGGUGAUUAUGAAAGACAGCUACAAAUACCAGUUACCCCUCUCUGUGAUAGACAUGCCACAACUGUAGCUAAGAUACAAGCUGGAUUUUUACAGUUUGUAGUUGCCCCCUUAUUUCAAGAAUGGCAGAGAUUUCUACCUACUCCAUUAAGCAGUCAAAUGAUAAAAAAUGUAAAGCUUAAUCUGGAACAGUGGCAAAUUAUUAUUUCUGACGAAAAUAAAGAAAAAGAAAUCUUGAUUGCAGAACAGGAGAUAAGUGAACAAAAUGAAAAGUCUGAUGUGGAAGACUCGGCUGAAACUGUUUCAUUGCAUGUUACCGAUGAAGAGGAUGAUAAGGUAGAGGAUGGAAGACUACCAUUAACAUUUGCUCAUCUUUUAGACGAUCAAGAGGACUUAUCUUAUAAUAGUAGUCGUAGGGGAAGUAUCCGUAGUUUAUCCCCCGUCAGAGAAGAACCAGAUUCUCUGUUGUUAGAACAGAGACGUCACAGCAUGCCACCAUGUUGUUUUCAGAAGGAAAUAACAAAUGUGACAGUUCACAGAGACAUUUUACCAUUAACACAAUAUCUGCGGAGGCGGAGCUUGCCUACCGCUAUGAUUCUUCAUGCUACCUCUUUAGAACGUCUUACAGACAAAUUGUCAGCAUUAGCUAGUGAUAGAGUAACUUUACAAAAGAAAAGUACAUCCAUGGAAGAUUUUUUGACAAGGCCAAAAAUUUCCAAUUUGAGUCCCAGUUUUGAAACUAGUAGACUGGCUAGUGGAUUAUUUGUAUCUUCUCAGCCUUCCAGUCAUGGAAACACAAUCAGAUUUCUGUCGAAAAGACGGAAAUCACAAACUCUUCCUCACUCUGAAGAUGAUGAUAGUGACCAUGGUGAUUCUAAUGAGUCAGAUUUUGAAACAGUAGAUGAUCACACAUUCCCAAAGGAAGCAUUAGUCAGUCGAACUCAAUUUUCUGUUCCAAUCAUUACAAGGGAAACAACUCAUCAGUCUUUCAAUUGUGUGAACAAUUUAGAGCAUGGGAGGGUUGUGAACUCUUUACAUGAAGGUUUAACUAAUUUUCAUGAAUUAAAUGUAAAGGGUAAUUCACCCAUCAAUAAAAUGCCUCAUGUAGAAUCCACAGAUUUUGAUAGCGGACUUAUACCGCCAGAUAUCACAAAAAAAGUUUCAAAUACUGUUUCACCCACUAGUCUUUCCCAGUGAUAUUGACCUCAUGCUGAUUUUAACCCUUAGGAUCAUUUUUGUAACUCAGGAGAAAAAAGUCCUUGGACAAAAUGUAUUGAGUAAUGAAAUUAUAGUUUUUAAUUUUAAUUCAGAUUCCAUUUUAUUAACUGUACUCACAUAAACAUAUUUUACCCUUAAAACUCCAAUUUAUCGAAGUGAAAAUAAGAUGGUUCAUCAAGGUUUAUUUUAAUUUUGCAAUAUUUAAUUUUAGUAUAUUAAAUGUUAGUUGUCUGUGUGUAUUUGCUAGUAAUAGGUUUUUGUCAUCUUGUUUUGUCUUCCAGGAUUUCUCACACAUUAGUAACUGCUACUUCUAAUGACCAGAUUUCAUGGAACACUCACAUUUUAGUUUCAACUACUUAUUUUUGCCGUGCCAUGACUGUACCUAACUGAGGCUUAUAUACCUAUUUCCCUUUGUUCAUUCAUUUUCAUGUUUAUCUUGAAUUAGUCCGAUUAUUUCAUGUAGAUAUACCACUCAGAAACAUGGUUAUAUAUUCAUAAAUAUUCCAAUAAAACAGUCCUCUUUUACAAUGCUAUACUAUAUAUUACAAUCCCUGUCUAUAGUACAACACUAUUUAGCAACAUUUGUUUCAUUAGGACUUACUUUUUGUACUUAUGUUUUGCAUAAGGGCCCAUCUGUUUGAAACUUACGGUAAUAUAUCAGUGAUAUUCCUAUUUUAUAGUAAAGUGCUAUUCAGAAGAAUUUUUGUUAUUUUAAUCUUUUCCUAGAUUUUUUUUAUAAAAGAGGCAUCUGUGUCUUGCUUAAUUUUCGAUAUAUAACCCUACAGUAUCUUAAGAAUAUUUUUAAAUGACUAAAUUGAAAUCUGGUGUUCAAAAAUAUUUAGGUUUGAGGUCUGGUAUGAUUGAAUUUAUUGAAAAAAUUAACAUUCAUGAAUUUAAAUUGAAAAUUUGAAGUUUCUUGUCACAAUUUAAAUGGUUUGACAAAAGAAAUUCAUAGUGGGGAAUUGUCAAUUAUGUAUUAAAAUGGAAUUACAUGUAUCUUCACAAAAUAAAAAGACAUGAUAAGGUUGCCAGUGUUCUGUUUUAUCUUUUUUGGGUAGUUAUUUUUCAUGUCUGUCCAUCACAAAACUCAAGAAAUCUGAAUACUGCUAGUUAUUAAAUUGGAUGACAUUUAGUUCGACCGAUUAGUUCAACUGUUUUUAAAUAAGCAAAUUUAUCUGAAAUUAACACUUUGAUUAUAUUAAUAAGAAUUAAAAAAUAAUCAGAAAUUGUCAAGAUUGAAUGAGGCCUUUAGGUCUUACUAUAUUAUGAGUCAAACAUGGGUUCAAUAUAAUUUUAUUUAUGAUAUUUGUGACAGAAUAUGAUAUGAUAUUAUUUCAGUAGUAUAAAUAUGUGUAAGGUUUAUCAUUACAAAGUUAUGCUAUGAACAUACAUCAUUUUGAUAUUGAUUUUUUUUUUUUUUAUAUUAGAUUUAAAACCUACUAUUUUAAAAAGUACUAUUUGGGUGUGUAAUUUUCUCAGUUUUGUUUUCAGUUUAAACUUAUUUAAUUUGCUUAAAUAAUUAGACACCUUAAUAAAACUUAUAAAGAUUUUCCUGUAAAAGUUUUGUUGCAAAUAUUGAUUGAAAAGUGUUGUGGUUAUCAGGAACUGAUUGUGUUAAAAGUGAAGACCAUUUUUGCAAAUAUUUGAUUAAAUUAGAUUUUAUCACUUUUGGAUUAAAAGCAUUUCUUUAAAUCUUUCAAACUCAUGACAGUUGUUGUCAUCACCGUUUAAACAAAUAAAAAAUUUGUUAGAGAUCAGUUGCUUUUUAUGUUAUUUUUCUGUAUUGGUAUUUGUAUACAACGUGUGGCCAAAUAAAAGUACAAUGUAUGGCCAAGGGAUUUGUGCAAAUUGUUGCUGAAAAAAGGUAAUCAUUUAUUAUUAGUGAUUCAUACAUUAUGAUAAAAAUACAUAUAUGUUCAAUUGUUGGACAUGUUUAUUAUUUUUGAUACAUUUUUUAUAUUUUUAUGAGAAUAAUGUAUCCUAUUAGUUAAUUACAUUUAGCAAAAAAAUUUAAAAUUAACAAAAUCCCAAAGAAAAAGUUUAAAUUCCUUGGUGCUUUUGCGGUAUAUAACAAUUAUGUAAAGAAUGAAAAUAAAUCCCAAAGAAAUAUCUUUUUUCUUGGUGCUAGUAUAAAUCUGUGUCAUAUUAUUAUGGAUUAACGUAUAUUUGUAUUAACAAUUAGUGCAAAGAUCUACAAUUGUAUGCUGUAAACUUCAUAUUGUUUUAUUGAUAUAGUAAAGAUGUAUGUCAUCAAGGUCAUGAAGAUCAUCAAGGUCAUUUUACUUCAGACAUCUAAAUCAUUUUCAUUUCAUCAAGCAGUUUUAAAGUUUAUAUUGAAGAGGGCAUAAAUAUUUUUUAUCUGAUUAGUCUAUUGAUAACUAGAAAAGUGUUCAUAGUUGUUUCACAUUUUCCUAUUUUCACAAAGCAUUUCAUCUGAGAAAAUUAAAUUCUAAUUUUUAGGAUACAUGUUAUGAAAAUUUCACUAUAUACAAAAUUUGGAAACAUUUAUGCUGCAGACUGAUUUGAACUGUUAAAAAUCAAUCAAGUUUUGGCAAAAUUUUUUUUGUCUAAUGUUGCCAAUCCUUUUUGUGGUAGAAAAUAAGUAAUGCUCAAAGGUUAAAAUGAUGUGGUCAAGAUAUUUUUAAUUGUAAAAAGAAAUGUAUAUUUUUCUGGAUAUAGAUGAUAAAUGAUAUUUCAUGGAAAUAAUUGAAUUGAUCUAUUUACAAUAAUUAUGAAAUUAAAACCCUAUAAUAUUUCAUUUGCUAUUAAUAUUCAUGAUAUGACACUGUUGUCUUACAUUUACUUUAUUUCACAGCCUAUUUAUACUUAUCACAACCAAUUGAUUAUUUUUUUUAUUAUCAAGUUGUGGUUGGGUUUUUCUCAGUUUUUCAUUGAUCAAAAUUUAAUUAUGAUAAAAGAAUUUUUUUGUUUAUCUCUGACUCCGUUAAAAAGGUAACCGUGCCUGCUGACAUUACACAGAAAGAGAACACUUUUUUUUAUUAAUCAUUGAAAAAGAACAUCAAAGUUUGCCUACACAUCUAAAAAUCUAAAAAAAAAAGAUUCUAACACUGUAUCUCACUAAAUAUAUCUACUGUGAACUUAUAAUAUUUAAUUGUCUUCAGUGAAGAAACAUCACAUCAUGCAGGCAUGGACCCAGAUUUGAUGCUAAAAGGGGGACGGGCACUCUCGAGAAAUAGGAAUUGGAGGACCUUGUUUUGACACAAAAUUGGUUGUAAUUUUACCUUCAUUUUAUGAAAAGCACAACUGAUUUUUUUUUAGUCAUUUUAGCUUUACAGUUAUAUGAAAAGUACCGUGAAAAUAAGAGAUGCUGAAGUAGAAUGAAGAUUCUUUCUUAUAUGCUAAUAAAACCAACUUUUUUUUUCGUGUUAAAAAUUUAUAUAGUCAUAACAAUGAUAGAAAUAAUGAUAAAAUUUUAACAAUGAUAGAAAUAAUGAUAAAAUUUUCCUUUGAAAUGUUUUAGAAGGUAGAUGAGUUAGAUUUAGAGAUUGCAUAUUUUUCAUAAUUUAGAAUAAUGUAAAGAUUUGUUUGAAAUUAUUUUUUAAACCUCAAAACUUAUACACAUAAUGUAAUGAUUAACAAAUAAAAUGCUGGUGUGACCACCUUCCAGAAUUUGAUCUUAUAUAUCAGAUAAACUAGGUACUAAAAAAACCCAUCAUGUAGACAGUUUACACUUCUGCCAUUCAGAGCACAUUUUCAUUGAUUCAUGACAAAAAUGAACAAUUUUGUCUUUUUAGCUCACCUGGCCCAAAGGGCCAAGUGAGCUUUUCUCAUCACUUGGCGUCCGUCGUCCGUCGUCGUUGUCGUUGUAGUCCGUCGUCGUUAACUUUUACAAAAAUCUUCUCCUCUGAAACUACUUGGCCAAAUUUAACCAAACUUGGCAACAAUCAUCAUUGGGGUAUCUAGUUUAAAAAAUGUGUCUGAUGACCCCGCCCGAGAACCAAGAUGGCCGACAUGGCUAAAAAUAGAACAUAGCGGUAAAAUGUAGAUUUUGGCUUAUAUCUCUGAAACCAAAGCAUUAAGAGCAAAUCUGACAAAGGCUAAAAUUGUUUAUCAGGUCAAGAUCAAAUUGCCCUGAAAUUUUCAGAUGAAUCGGACAACCCGUUGUUGGGUUGCUGCCCCUGAAUUGGUAAUUUUAAGGAAAUUUUGCCAUUUUUGGUUAUUAUCUUGAAUACUAUUAUAGAUAGAGAUAAACUGUAAACAGCAAUAAUGUUCAGCAAAGUAAGAUCUACAAAUAAGUCAACUUGACCAAAAUGGUCAGUUGACCCCUUAAGGAGUUAUUGCCCUUUAUAGUCAAUUUUUAACCAUUUUUCAUAAAUUUUUGUAAUCUUUUACAAAAAUCUUCUCCUCUGAAACUACUAAGACAAAUUUAACCAAACUUGUCCACAAUCAUCAUUAGGGUAUCUAGUUUAAAAAAUGUGUCCGAUGACCCCGCCCGCCAACCAAGAUGGCCGACAUGGGUAAAAAAUAGUACAUAGGGUAAAAUGCAGUUUUUGGCUCAUAUCUCUGAAAAUAAAGCAUUUAGAACAAAUCUGACGGGAUAAAAUUGUUCAUUAGGUCAAGAUCUAUCUGCCCUGAAAUUUUCAGACCAAUCAGGCAACACGUUGUUGGGUUGCUACCCCUGAAUUGGUAAUUUUAAGAAAAUUUUGCAGCUUUUGGUUAUUAUCUUGAAUAUUAUUAUAGAUAGAGAUUAACUGUAA